AUGGAAAAGAAGAAGAUGGAGGACCGCAUCGAGCUCGAACUUCGAGGGAGAACCCCUGAUCAGUUCUUCCUUAGUCGACUGUACACGUUAUCCUUCACGUCAGUGACCAAGAGGACACGUGAAGUAGCGCCUCAGACCCAUGUGCCUGGGAUCGGACGCUUAGGUGAAGGGCUCUUUAUCCUACAGGUCAAGGCACUCACUUUGGACAACUGCCGUGGUACAAGUAUAGAUGGCCUAACAGAUGCCUUUGUCAACUUGGAGAACCUUUCAAUGAUCAAUGUUGGUCUGACAUCACUCAAAGGAUUUCCAAAGCUCCCUAAUCUCAAAAAGCUGGAGCUCAGUGACAACAGGAUAUCUGGAGGCCUUGAAGCACUUUGUGAGAGCCCCAAACUCUCAAGUCUGAGUCUCAGUGGCAACAAGAUCAAGGAUCUCAGUGCCCUAGAGCCUUUAAAGAAGCUGCAAAACCUGCGGAGCCUGGAUCUCUUCAGCUGUGAGGUGACUGGAGAAGAUAAAUAUCGUGAGCGAGUCUUUGAGCUCAUCCCACAGCUUUCUUACCUUGAUGGCUAUGACCGGGAAGACAAAGCAGAGGAGAGUGAUGGUGAAGAUGAAGAAGUCAAUGGCAACGAAGCUGAGGAAGAGGGUAAGGGCUCCAGUUUUAUAGAAAGACAAAGGCCAGCAGAAAUUCUGAAUGUUUCUGAAGAAUAUGAGGUGGAGGGUGAAGGUCUAGAUGAUGAAGAUGAAGAUGAUGUGGAAGAAGAGGAAGAAGGAGAGGAUGGAGAGGGUGAAGUUGGUCUGGAGGCCAUUUAUAAUGACUCUCUGGAAGAUGAUGCUGAGGACUUUGAGGGAGAAGAAGGCAUAGAUGAAGAGGAUGCAAUAAGUGAUGAUGAGGGGCUCGAGGAGCAAGAGGAAGAGGAUGACCGACAAUCUGAAGGAACUGAAUCUAAGGACAUUCAGUAUGAUCAAUUAUUCUGGCUGUUCCUUGUAUUGUAG